AUGUCGGCUUCUCUUUCGACAUAUCAUCAAGCAGCGGCUGCUGCGAGCGAUGCUAAAGCAAGCUUGAGCCGUGGACGAAGCAAUGGCGAGCCACUCAAACGAUUCACGGAAGCGAAAAUUAGCAUUGGCAACGUAUACAAUCAGCUUGAGAGCUACAUCACGGACCUCUCACUAUUUUACAAUGAGUUUUUUUUAGAAAUUAUAAAUGAGAAUGGAAGUGUACCGGAUGAGCAGAUGAGGGAAGUGGAGCGCUUCAAAGAGAGCAUCAAGACCAUUCGUGAUAUGUUUAUGCGCGAUACGAUGAAAGUUGUCUUUUUUGGGCGGACAAGUAACGGAAAAAGCUCAGUUAUUAAUGCAAUGCUGCAUUCGAAAGUAUUGCCGCAAGGAAUGGGACAUACUACCUGUUGCUUUUUGCAGGUGGAAGGAAGUCCGGACGACGAGAAAUUUGUAUUGCGCGAAGAUUCAUCAGAACGAAUAGAUAUUGAGAAUUUACAAAAAUUGGGUCAUGCAAUGAGUGAUACAAAUCUGUCCCUCUCUGCAAUGGGACAGGACUCGUUGCUGCGUGUUUAUUAUCCUAAGUCGGCAUCCAAAUUGCUGCAGAACGAUGUUGUCAUCGUGGACAGCCCUGGCGUGGAUCUGUCGCCUGAGUUUGACAGUUGGAUCGAUAAGCAUUGCAUGGACGCAGAUGUGUUCGUGUUGGUCUGUAAUGCGGAAUCGACUCUGACACAGGCCGAGAAGAGCUUCUUCCAUCGUGUCAGCAUGAAGCUGAGCAAGCCGAACAUCUUCAUUCUGAACAAUCGCUGGGAUGCAAGCGCUGCUGAAGUGGAAAACAUGCAGCAGAUCCGCGACCAACAUAUCACUCGCUUUCGGCAGUUUCUUGUUAACGAACUUAAAGUCUGCAGCGAGGCAGAAGCAGCAAAUCGUAUAUUUUUCAUUUCAGCACGUGAAAUGUUGGAUUUACCCUAUCAGGUAGAAGGAUAUCAGUACCGGGCAAUGGAAUUCACAAAUUUUGAAUCACAGUUUGAGCAGCUUAUUUCAAAAUCAGCAAUAAGCACAAAAUUCGAGGCUCAUCAGCGACGUGCGCGAGAAAUAGUUGCGGCAAUGAGAACCAAUCUUGAUGUUGUGCACAGCAAUGCAGUAAAACGCAGGGAUAAACUGGCAACAGAUUAUGCAGUAAAAGAAACGACAUUCAGAAACUGUUUGGGAAAUUGGAAAAAUUUUGAAAAAUCUGCGAUUGUUGAAUUGCAACGAUUGAGAAAUGAGGUUCAUUUGAAAGUCUCUGCUGACUUCUAUGAAGAAAUUCAAAGACUUGAAGCAAUCAUUGAUCGCUUCGACAGCAAGUUUCUUGACGAACCGGCAUUCAUCGAAGAGUACAAAAAGAAUUUGGCGGAAUUUGUAGACAAAGUUGUAACGGAAGAUUUAGAAGCGCGUUGCACACGAGGUCUUAUGCAACGAAUUUGGAAUCUCGAAAAUGCCAUGUAUCAACAUGUCAAUCAAAUACUUGCUGAACCGUACUCUAAAAGCUUGGAACAGGUGUGGCGUUAUCGAGCUCCAUUCAAUUUCUCGAUUUGCAUCAAUUGCCCAUCAUUAAUGGAUGAUUUUCGUGAGGAUCUGGAGUUUCGCUUCUCAUUUGGCAUCACAGCUCUCAUCCGUCGUAUUAAUGCUUAUCGCCUGGGAAAACCAAUCACUGCUGUUGCCAGUCAACCCCUCAUUGAUAUGCUGAAAGUGUGCGGCAGUCAGACAGGCGCAGAAGCUGGAGAGGGAUUGCUACAGCGCAGGAGCUCAACUGAUGCACAAGUGGCGAAUCUUGAAGCUCAGGAAAGUGCAGCAAUGGCACAAUUUGUGCUUUCUACGGUUGGAUAUGUUGCGAAUGGUGGACUUGGUCUUUUGGUCAUUGGUGGAAUUGUUUCAAGGACUGUUGGCUGGCGCUUCAUAGCUGCCGGAGCGGCUCUCUACGGUGGUUUAUAUGUGUUGGAGUACUGGCGCUGGAAUUCAGGUGCUAAAGAGCAGCAUUUGAAGGACCAGUUUCGGCAUCAUUUAAAUGCGAGGAUGCGUGGAGUUGCAACAACACACACGUCACACUGCGAAACACAAGUGUUGAGGGAAAUGCAGCAGGUACUAGCAGGCCUAAAGACAACUGUUGGCGGAGUUCACCAGGAAAUGAAAGCGGAGCUCGAUGAAAUACAAAAGGAAAUGAGGAAAAUCGAAAACGUCUCGCGGGGACUUAAUACAAUAAAGUAUACUUUACGCUUUUACCAGCGUUUUAUUAAUAGAUGCAAAGGCUGUGUUUAUAAGCAACCCAUUAUGUGCAUUAUUUCGAGAUGA